AUGAAUGUGCAACCAGUGACACGGUCCCAUAGAAAACUCAUCCAACCCGUCAGCAAACUACCCGAACCACCACAGCGCCAGAAGGCAAUGCAGCGCGACCACGUCCGCGUCCGCGAUGUCCCAGAACCGCGGCGCCGUCGCCGGGCUCCCGCCCGGCAGGAGGAGGUGGUGCCACGCCGCGCCCGCGAGCCACAGCUGGACGUGCACCAGCCAGCCCAGGGCGUAGCCCGCGAUGAUCAGGAAGAGGGCGUCGUAGCACAGCUGCGACGUCACCAGGUGGACGCUGGUCGGGACGAUGGUGCGGCCGCGGCCCUCCUAGGUGAGCACGAGCUCCGCGGCGAGCAGGUCGGCCUGGUCCGGCGUGUGGUGGGGGGCGACGCGGAUGCACGUGGCGAGCAUGGCGAGCCCGACGACCCAGGGGAGCUCUCGCCAGGGGGAGGGCAGGGCGGCGCGGAGCAGCGGGAGGGCGGCGGCGAGGGAGAGGGUGAGGAGGUGGAUGCCCAGGGAGCGCGGCGGCCGCGGCUGCGUCGGCUGGACCAUCUUGGUAUGGGUCUUGUUGAGGUCUGA